CGCUGGCAGUACGAGUAGGGCGGCGGGCGCGGAGGGCACACUACGCGGGCUUCGAAGACAUGCCGUUGCCAGCUAGGGAAGGUUUGACUACGCCGCGGAGCGCUCGUGCUCCUGUGGCGAGGAGGACUGGGACGCUUCCACAUCAGCGAUUGAAAAGGGAGAAAUCGCUGGAGAGUCCACCGGAGAUGGAUUCCCCAGGCGGCAGCGUGAGCAGUGACUUACGGCGGCAGAAUGACGAGCUUCGCGCUCGUUUGGCCGGUGAAGCGGCUGAUCAUAGGCGCAGGCUUGAUGCAUACCGCCGCGCGCAGCAAGGGCAGGCAGCGUUGGUGUCGAGACUCCAAGCAAAGGUGCUGCAAUACAAGCAGCGCUGCUCAGAGCUGGAGCAGCAAAUGCAGGAGACGACGCCGCGGAGCGACAGCUACCGCGCGAAGCCUGCGUCGGCCAUCGCUCUGCCGUCGCCGGCCGCUCUGCCGUCCGCCUCCAGCGUAGACACUCGUCGGGACGAACGCAUCGCUGAUCUGGAAACGGCGUUGAGGCGUUUGGACGAAGAGAAACGCAAGUGCGAGAAGUUGGUGAAUCAGAACAACCUGCUCCGCGAGCAACUGGAGGAGUCCCACCAGCUGAAUGAGGCGCUGACCAAUGACUUGCAGAAGCUCACCAACGACUGGGAGGCACUCCGAGACGAGAUGACUGUCAAGGAGGAUGAGUGGAAGGAUGAGGAACAGGCUUUCAACGACUACUACACCAGCGAGCACAACCGCCUGCUGAGCCUCUGGCGCGAGGUGGUCUCUGUGAAGCGAUUCUUCUCCGAAUUGCAAUCAACUACGGAACGCGAUCUGUAUCGAGUGAAGAACGACUUCGAAUCGGCCACGCGCGAGCUUGUGGGCACGCUCAGUGGAUACGCUAUUAAUGCGUAUGCACAGGGAGUGAGGCCUCAAACAGAUCACCACUCUACGCCAGGUGUGACGUCCACUCCGAACAUAACCGUGGAGACUUUGCGAAUAGACCUCCGCGAAAUGACGUCACAGCGUGACGCGGCGCAGGCCGAGCUGCGUGAGCGAGACGCCCGCAUACAACGUCUGCUGGGAGAGCUGCAGGGAUUGGAGGAACGUUACGAAGUCGCGGAAGCAAUGUGCUCGGAGUCGAACGCCAUGCGGUCCGCGCUAGAAGAAGUGGCUCGAGCUCUCAUACAAGACUCCGAGGCUGACGUCCCGUCACAGCAUCUGCAUAUGGCCGACAGUAGCAGGUCUCCUCGUCGCGGCGUAUCGCAAGCAGCCAACGCGACAGCCUUCGCGGAGAGCACCAUAUCUGCCGUGCAGGCCGCACUGCACAAGUACCAGAUACAGAUACACGAACUGCAGGUUAAACUCCAAAACACUCGGGAGCAGUUGUCGACGAGUCGCAAGCACUGCGAGGCCGCUGACUCCAAUAUACUGACGCUGGAGAACAAAGUGCAGGAUCUGCAAGCUAAACUGGAUCAGUCGAACGCGGACCUCAACCAGCUGGUACAAGACAAAGACUCGCUACAAAAGUCUGUGGAGUCGCUGCGCAUAGACAAGAACAACCUCGAAAGGAACCGCGUCGAGAUUAACGCUAUGGUGGAGUCAUUGACAUCAGACUACGAGAAGCUUCAAAAGAUCAACGCACGUUUAGAGAAGACGAUCGAAGCGCUCGAGACAGACAAGCGGAAUCUCAACUCGGAAGUGGACCAUCUACAUCGCGAGUCUACCAACCGGGAGUCUAUACUAAGAGCUGAAGAGGAGCGCUCAUCUCGUCUUCGUUCAGAGCUGGUGACCGUUCGCGAGGAGCUGAACAAGACUUCGCUGGCGCGCGAUUUACUAGAGCAGCAGAAGAUAGAGGCAGACUCCAUUAUGUCGCAAAUGGAGAAACACAGAAAUGACUUGGAAAUAGAGCUUGAGAGAACACUAUUAGAGAGAGGUGACCUGCAAGAUCUGGUAGAAAAGUUGCAAGCGGCUAUCAGAAACCUUGAAACCGAUAAGAAGAAACUACAAGAAGAAGUUAAACAUCUGGAAGACGAAAAGUCUUCCCUAUCCAAUCAGUCAUCUGAACAACUAGGCGACCUGAACUCACUACGCAAAGAACUUCUUGCGGCCGAGCAGACUCGCAUGGAACUUGAAGCUGACAAGUCUUCCUUGCAUGAGAAGAUUAAGUUCUUGGACCAGGAUAGAGAGAAGGUUGAGCUGGAACUGCGUCAAGUGGUCAGAGAACGCGGCGAGCUUAGCUCACAGCUGACAGCCAUGGUGCGCAAGAAGGAUUCUCUCAACGAGGAAAUCAUGCGGCUGCAACAGCGUCUCGAACAAGCCAGCGAGACUGUCGGGCGACUCAAUCGUACUCUGGAGGACCACGUUAAGGAUGCAGAGGAGAAACAGAUACUGAUAGACAGUCUGGACAAGGACAAGCAACACCUACAAGAGCAGUUAGCCAGCGUCCGCGCCGAGAAAGACGCGCUGGAGGCCGUGCUGUUCGACACGGCGAAUAUGUUGGACGACGCCGAGGCCCGGCGUGCUAAACUGGAUCGUGAACUGCAAGAUGCCAUGGUUCAGCAGGAGAACCACAAAGGUCAAAUAGCUCGCCUCACCAAAGAACUGGAGAGCAGCGAGCGCAAGCUCCGCGAAACGAAGAACUCCAUGCAGCAGUCAUCUGGUAAAAAGGAAGCCGAGUACCAGAGCAUCAUCACCAACAUCAACCGCACCACGGCCGAGAACAUCACCAAGCUUAAGGAGGAGAAGGAACAACUCCGCCUAACUCUCGAGCAAAAGCUAUCGCAAACGAUAGCAGCGCUGACGAGCGAGAAGGAAACUGGUGAUGCGAGUGCGCGCGAGCGAGAGAAGAAACUCCUGGCGCAACGCGACCAGCUCAUACUCCAGCACGAUGAGGCGAUGUUGCGAGCGGAGAGCGACAAGCAACAGGCGUUGAUCAUGGCUCACCAAGAGCAACAAGCGCUGUUAGAACGCCUAGAGGAAGCGAAGCGCGUUCUAGAUUGUUCUCAGAACAAAUUAGAACGCGUGAAGCGUGACGCCGCCGCACGUUCAGAUCAGGACCGCGGGCACAUCAACCAGUUGAAGGACGAACUAGCUGCGUUGAAGACUCGCCUUGAGGAAGCCAAGGCGGCAGCAGAGGACGACUGCGCCCGUUUCGAGAACCGCAUCAAAGAACUUCACCUAGAGAAGGAGGCGAGCAACCGCGAAUGCCAGGAGGUUCGCGCGCAACUCUCGCUGGCCGAGGACAAGUAUGACAACGCCUACACGCAGCUGCAGGAUACUAUCAGGAAGCUGAAAGAACUGGAGAAUGAGUCGGAAAGUCUCCGCAAGGAGCUGACGGACGUUCGCCGGCAGCUCAGCAACUGCGCGGCCGAGCGCGACAAGUACAACAGCAGCUGCCGCGAGCUACGAGAACACGUGAAGCGCGCCGAGCACGAGCGGCGCGAGGCGGCGCGCGCGCGCGACGAGGCCGUGCACAGCGUGGCCACGCUCGAAGAAAACCGCUCAUCAUUGGAGCUAGAGCUCUCCCGCCUUCAGAACAUGCUGAAGGAAUCAGAGACGGGCGGCGAACACGUGACGCGAGAGCUGCGAGCUACAGAAGCGCAGCUGAAGAGAGAACGCGCCGCCCUGGAGCAAGCCAACCAUGACAUCAAGGAGCUUCAGUCCAGACUUCAGAACGAGUGCGAAGAACGAGAAAGGACAGCCAACGAGGCGGCUGCGGCGCGCCGACACGGCGCCGAGCUAGAAGCUUUAUUAGGCGCCGCCCGCGCCGACCUCGCCGCCAGUCGUCAGCGCGGCGCAGAGCUGGAAGAGGCUUGCCGUGCUCGCGACCAGGAGUUGGUUCUACGUCUGGAAGAUUGCCGUUCCAAGGAGCGUCGUCUCGAGGAACUCAAGCAUAAUCUCGAAGUGUGUCUAGCCGACGCUACACAGCAGAUUCAAGAGUUGAAGGCCCGUCUCGGCGGCAGCGAAGGGCGCUGCCGCGCGCUGGAGGCGUCGCUGACGCAGUGCGAGCACGGCAAGCGCGAGGCCGAGGCCAAGCUGUCUUCCAUCGCGCACACGCUGCGGCGCGUGUGCGGCGUGCAGCCCGACGGCUCCGUGCACGCCGCCGCGCGCAGGCGGCUCGCCAGCCCGGCGCGCCGCUACAGCCCGCACCGAGGUCGUGAUCACUCGGAAGAUCGCAACGAAAUCAUCGAUGUGGAUCCCGAGCUCAUCAAGAAGGGCGUUCGCAACCUGAUGCACGAAGUCUGCCAGAUCGAAAGGGAAAAGGAUGACUUCAAAACUCAAAUAGCCGUCCUGAAGAAACAGCUGAAAGACGCGAGCGAGCAGCAAGGCAAGGGCGACAACAAGUUACAGUCCAUCACUUCCAACCUCCGCUCCGCGCAGGAAGAGAAGGCUCGCUUACAGAACGCACUUGGGCAGAAGGACGCGCAGCUUACUGGACUGAAUGAAUCAGUCCAGUCUAAGACUGUGGAGAUUAGCAACCUACGAGAUAAGAUCACAAGCCUGGAAGCCACACUUAGCUCAGUUACCGAGGAAAAGGUUCAGAACGAGAACAAGGGAGAGAAUUUGCGAGUGCAGCUGGCGGAGCGCGUACAAGAAGUCGGUCAACUGAGGGAGGCGCUAGCUGCGGCGGAAGGGCGCGCGGCGCGGUUGGACGUACGGCGCGCGCAAUUGGAAGGCGAUGUGCAGCGGGCUGCCGUCGCGGCUAGGGAUCGCGAUCAAGCGCUAAAGAAACUGCAAGAGCGUUGUGAGGGUUACGCUCGCACCAUAGCCUCACUAGAGGACCGGUGCACGUCACUCAAGGGCACAGUCGAGCAACUCUCAACGUCGCUUCAAAAGGCCGCCUCUGCCGAGAGCGAGCUUAGAGCGGAGCUCAGCAAGACUCAGCGUAUGCUCAACGAGGCGAAGAACAACGAGCAAAAUGCGUUGGAUAAAUUGAGACAAAUUCAGAAGAGCAUCGCCAACUGCGAGAACGAGCGACGCGUACUGAGUGAGAAGUUAGAAAGCGCGAAGUCAGCGCUCGGCGAGCUGAAGAGAUUGAACUGCACGCUGGAAGACCAAGUGCACCGGCUUACUACGCAACUCGCCAACGUGGAAGUGCAAAGAUCAGGUUUGGAGUCUCAGCUUCGUAUGACGACUUGGGACGGCAAAGAGAGCGCCGAUAGCGAGCUAGAGCGGGAACUGCAUGCGCUGCAACGUGAGCGUAACGAACUCAAGGCUAAGAACGAUGCGCUCCAAGAGUCACUCCGUAAGGUGGAGGCAGAUCGCCGUCUGAACCGGACUUCGGCUCUUCGCAGCAAAAGCCACGACAGGACCGAGAAGACAGUUUAUUACUCAGAUUUGGAUUCCGGUCCCGAUUCAACUAAAGACUCGAUGCGCUACAAGGACUCGAAUCUGAGCGCGGGAUGUGACAACAAGAGUUUCCGCGACGACCUCACCUUGCUGGAGCUUGAGAACAGAGAGCUCAAGAUGAAGAUACGCCGCAUGGAGAAGGAGCUAGCUGAUAAGGAGGCAGAACUCAAACUGACCCGAACUCGCUACCUCAGUGAUCUGUCCACAACAUCUCCAAGCCGUCGUGAAGACAUCGAACACUAUCGCCAGGCCGCCCUACAAGCUGAGCGCCUACUGGAGGCUAGAGAGGCCAGUCACCGGCAGCAGAUCAUCAGGCUUGAGAACCAGGCGUCACAGCUCCGCAGUCAGCUGUCUGCGGAGAUUCGGCGGCGGCAGAGCUACGUGGCCCGCAGCGGGCGCGCCGCAAGAGACGUGCAGCGCCUGCGAUCCGCGCUAGGCGACUCACUGCGAACCGUGUCACAGGACCCAGCACUAGACUCGUACACGCUGGAGCACGAGGCACGCAAGCUGGACAGCACGCUGGCGCACAGCCUCCCGCCGCUCAACGACAGCUAUGACAGCUCCAAAUAAAACUAUACCCUAUGUCACUAAGGCUGGAAACUGUCUGUCGCCGUUCAAUUGUUUCCUAAUUGUAGAAAAUGCCCUACUGAUAUGACCUUGAUAAGUCUAUCCAAUGGUGCAGCUGGCGCUAAGAGAUCCUUUCUAGGUUAGCCACAACUCCCGCCAGUUACCAAAAUUUUUUUUGUAUGAAUAUGAAUCUAAUCUAGAGAUACACGCGUUUUGCUUACGGAUGAAUGUUCCGUUCCGAAGCAAAUAACUACAUUGUUUACAGUGAUAUAUUAUAUAGUUUCAACAUUUAUACCUAGGAUUAUUUUAACAAAUAGGUAUGUCUAAUCACUAAAGGGAUUCGUGAUGACUGAUGACAGCAUUUUAAUCCUUUUAUAAAUUGUGAAAAUGUAUUGGAACGUACCUAUCUGUAACGUAUCAUUUAAGUUUAUGGUUCUGUUAAUUUUCUUUUCUGAAGAAAAUUUUGACUAUUUAAAAAUUUUGCAGAUGUAAGAUAAGUACCUAAUUGAAAGUGAGAUAGUAAAUAACAGUAUUAUGAAGCAAUUUAUCUAGUCAAUAUUAUAAAAGCAGUGUAUAAAAUUUGUUUAGUUAAAUCCACUAGUCAAUCAUGGUGUCAUGGAGUGAUGUGUGAAUAAUUGAAUAUUGGGAAUUUCUGGCUCAAGAAAUUGGUGCCAAUGUCAAGCUAUAAGUACCUAGAGGUCUACCUACUGUUAGGUCCAUUAAUACUUACAAGAGUCUGUUACUGAUAAUUGCAGCGAUGUUUUCACACCUAGUUAU